GUCUUGUAUCGCCCUUCUACCUGAACUUCAGAGUACGUUUCUUCAUCUCUGAUCCCAACUCUUUGCAACACAAGCAGACGAGGCACCUUACUUCCUCCAAAUCAGGAGUGACAUUAGAGAAGGAAGGUUGCAGUGUCCGAUGAGUGCAGCUGUGGUGCUGGCCUCUUACGCUGUGCAGUCAGAGUUUGGGGAUCACUGCGCAUCUCAGCUUCCCGGUUACUUGUCGAAGUGCCACUUCAUCCCUGAGCAGGAUGAAGAUUUUCUGUCCAAAGUGGAGGAUCUGCAUCCACACCACAAGGGACUGAAGCAGAGUGAGGCAGAACUGUGUUUUCUUAACACAGCACGCACGUUGGAGUUGUACGGAGUGGAGUUACACGCUGCCAUGGUAGAUCCUAACGAUGCCCCUCUGAUGGUGGGUUUGGCUUCAAGUGGUGUUGCAGUGUUUUGCAAUAUGAUUUGUUCCAGUUUUUUCCCCUGGGGGAACAUCAUCAAGAUUUCAUUUAAGAGGAAACGCUUUCUUAUUCAUCUAAAACGUAAACAUGGAGAGACACAGGACUGUGUGGUGUCUCUGGAUCUGCCCUGCCCCAAGACCUGUAAAAACCUGUGGAGGUCCUGUGUGGAUCAUCACUCCUUCUUCAGCUCCAAUCGGACCAGUAGGAUCCCCAAAGACAACAACAGCACCAUUCAGUUUUACAGCAAGAUGAUAACGCAGCACCUGGGCCUGAGUAACAGCAAAACAGAGAGUGGUCCAGUUUGUCGGCGUGUAGUGGGCGGGAUGGUGUGGAAUCCGGUCCAACAUAGGUCGUUGUCAUCAGAGAAUCUUGAGACCAAGAGUCUGCCCUCCAGAUCGCCCCCAACCACACCAAACUGGCGAAGUCCUCGAGUUCGCCAUGGCAUCAGUAAACCCCGCCCCUCCUCAAUGGAACUGAUCAGUGAUCUGAAAGACAUGGUGGAGGGAGAGGAUGUCUUCUACACCUACAGAGCCUCUGUCAGCAGCAAGGACAGCGAAGGAGAAGCCUCAGCACCCAAGCUUUCUGGCACAUAUAACCAGGAUGAGUCCUUGUCGCCAGUUGAUGAUAUCAGCACAGGAGAGGAAGAUGGUGAUACUAGUUCACACUAUUAUGAAAAGGGUGCCCUUGGUGACGGUGACCUGUUGCUAAUACGUAUUACUCCAGAUAAUGACGGCAAGUUUGGCUUCAAUGUUAAAGGUGGCGUUGAUCAGAAGAUGCCUCUGGCCAUAUCACAUGUUAAGCCUGACUCCCCAGCAGGUCGAUGUGACCCCAAACUUAUGGAGGGAGACCUGGUUGUUCUCAUCAACGGUCGAGACAUUUCUGAACACACACAUGACCAAGUUGUGAUGUUUAUUAGAGCCAGCAGAGAGUCGCAUUCCAGAGAGCUGGCCUUGCUUAUCAGACGUAAAGGUCCCGGACGGGUGGCACCCCUGCUGCAGCUUCCUCCCGCCCUCUCACUCACUAGCCAAUCCCAGGGGGACAAGCCGCACUCACCUGGCCAGUCAGAGCAGGUCACAACGCUGGAGGAAUCAAUGCGACAGCUGGAGAGAGGAAUACAGUCCGGCACGCUCUGUUUCCACUUUGAGAACUUAUACAGGAGGAAACCCGGCAUGUCACUAAGUUGUGCUCGGCUUCCUGAGAACACAGACAAGAAUCGAUACAGGGAUGUUUUACCUUAUGACACUACCAGAGUCGUGCUUCAGGGCCAGGACUACAUCAACGCCAGCCACAUCACGGUGGCGCCCCCAGUGUCUGGUGUGUGUUUACGUUAUAUUGCGGCUCAGGGUCCAUUGCCACAGACCUGCACUCACUUUUGGCAGAGUAUCUGGGAGCAGCAAAUACAUACCAUCAUCAUGCUUACAACUCUGACAGAAAGGGGACGGACCAAGUGCCACCAGUACUGGCCACAUCCACCGGAAGUGAAGAAUUAUGAGCACAUGCAGGUAAAGUGUCAUUCAGAGGAGUGCAACCUGGCCUAUGUGGUGCGACAGUUCACCCUGACCCACAAACAGCGUGGCGAAGAACGCGCAGUCACACACCUGCAGUAUGUAGCGUGGCCGGACCACGGCGUACCCGAUGACCCUUCAGACUUCCUGUUGUUCAUCAGCUCUGUCAGGGAGAGGAGGAUAGCUGAAGAGCCGCUGAUGGUACACUGCAGUGCGGGGAUUGGACGGACAGGUGUUCUCAUCACCACGGAAGCAGCUCUGACUCUGCUGGAUGAGGGUCGGCCAGUGUUCCCACUGGACAUAGUGAAAACACUGAGAGACCAGCGAGCCAUGAUGGUUCAGACCACGUCUCAGUUCCAGUUUGUGUGUGAGGCUAUUCUGCGAGUCUACAAAGAGAAGCUGGAGGGAUCUGCAGCGCCGCCGUCGUCCUAAUCAUCUAUGUAAACACAACUAGAGCUGCAAGCGACUCCCAGAGGACACGCUGUAGUUUCACACCUACGGGACCAUCAAAUAGAGUGAAUAACGAGCAUGUCUUCGGAGCACAGCUGUCUGGUGUCUGUGCAGCCUAUAUUCACGGACAGAAUAUGAAACCUACGCCUUGUCGGCCUCAGUUUUUGCUGAUCCUGCAUUAAGCUUCUAGAAGCUGCGGUCUCCAUAGAGACCGAGAUAAGACUGAUCUGAGCUGCUAAUUUUUAUCCAAGAGGCCACUCAGAAGCGACGCCUCUGCUGAUUGUGCGACCCUCUGCGGAAACAUGCCUUUGACACCUCGUAGUCUACGGAAGAAAAGGGGGCAGCAGAGGUGGAUCAGUGUGAUCUGUGCUUCAGCUACGUGUCCUUAAGCGAGAAGCACGGCGGGCUUUAGAUCUGUAUGGCAGAUGAGUUCGCUGUGCAUCACAUGCUGUCUGCUAGAGGAACACAACCUACUGUUCAUCACUCUUUAAAUUAUUGAAACACACUGAAUAAACGCACUGAUUCAAUGA